UGGAUAUGGAAAGGAAUAGCAAUUGGUGCAGGAAUCGGACUAUUCUUGUAUUUGUUAUACUCAUGUAUUAAAUUUUGGAGAAAGGAGUAUAACACAGAAUUCAUGGCAAAAGAAGCUUACAAAGCAGAGAAAUUUCGACAAAAAUAUGAAAAGGAAUACAUUCGCGCGGUUUAUGACCAUGAAGUGGAUAUUCAAGAUAAACAAUAUUUCACAAAUGUUCCUAAACAAACAAGUGAGAAUGGAGAAGCACAACAAAUCAAAAAACAAGAAAAUGUGAAAAUACCGAAAAAAGAAUUGAACAAAAUCAAAAAGCAAAUCAAUUCACAAAUCGAGGCAGAUUCGAAAAAAGAUCCGAGUUUCUGGGAUGAUUUCAAUAAAGAUCCAGAAAAAUAUUACGAACAACCAACCGGUUUUAAGACGAAAGCUAAAAAAUAUUUCAAAAGUUUAUGGCCUUUUUCGAAAGGGAAUAGUGAAGAACAACUGAAAAGAGAAGAACUGAUCCGAUCGGAAGCUCGUCGACAGUAUGAAAAUAUCCGAAAAAAUCGAUUAGAAUUGGACAAAAUAUCAACAGGGAAUGAAAGUGCGAUUGAAGAAAUAAAGGACGAUCCAAUUUUGGCAAAAAUGAUCCCGACUUUGAAUCAAGAACAUCUCGAUGUUUAUCGUGAAACAAUAAAAAAUACAGAUUUUCCUGAAUCCGGAAAUGAGGAUCAGCUGAAAGAAUGGUCGAAAAACUUUAUAGACACAAGGAAUAAAUUUCGAAAUGAAUUUGACAAAAAGUUUGAAAUGACAGUGGGAGGGACUACAAUUGGAGAAACUGAUAAUAAAUUAAUAAAAAAAGGGAAUUCAAUGAAAAGCUCAACGCAUGGAUCGAAAACAACAGAAGAUGAACCAACGAAAAUCCUAAGAAGGAAUUCAUACAGAGAUAAUAAGACACAAACACCGGUCAGCGUGUUAAGAAGAGCACAAUCAGAAUCGAAACCAAAAGCAAGUCAAACAAACGAAAGUCUUGAAAAAGUUUGGCAUGAAUUCAAGAAGCAACAAGCACCAACCAGCGUUUUAAGCGAGCAAUCAUCAUUAUCAAAACCAGCGGUUGAUCGUGGAAAUAUGAUUACAGCAAGUGAUUCGUCCCAAGUCGAAAAGCCAGAAAAAGAUGAACAAACAGUCUCAUUAAUAAAAAAAGCUUGGAAAAAUCUUACAGGAAAGCUUAAAGGUGAUUCAACACAAAACAAAAUAACAGAAAAACAAACUAUCAUAAUAAGGAUGAAAAAAAUUUGGACUAAAGCACCAUCCGGCGAGGUAAUUGAGUAUAAACCUGAAUCAGAAUCAUCAGAUGAUUCGAGCGUGAUUUCGGAAACAAAUUCGUACAUAAAAGAAUUAAAAAAACAAGAAAAAUUAACUAAAAAACAAUUAGAAAAAAAAGACAAAUUGAACAAAAAAAAAUUAGCCAAAAAACAAAGAUUAGUACAAAAAAUAACAGAAGAAAAAGAAAGACUAGCCGAACAAUUAAGAUUAAAUGAAGAACGAUUCGUAGUGCAGCAAAAAUCAGCUGAAGAACGAUUUGCCGAACUAGAAAAAUUGAUGAAUGAAAAAUUGGCUGAACAAGCAAAAUUAAUGAAUGAAAAAUUAGCCGAGCAAGAAAGAUUGAUGAAAGAAAAAAUAGCCAUACAGCAAAGAAUAACCAAAGAACAAUUAGACGAACAACAAAUAUUAUCCAAAAAACAAUUAGACGAAGAACGAAGAUUAGCUAAAGAACAAUUAGACGAACAACUAAGAAAAGCUGAAGAACGAAUAGAAGAACAAAUAAGAUUAAACAAAGAACAAUUAGCCAGACUAGAAACAUUAUCUCGACAAGAACAAUUAACAAAAGCAGAAAUCAAAAAACAACGAAAUGUAAUAGAACAACUAUUACAAGAAAAAGAAAGCCUUAUCGAACAGCAUAGAAUAGCUCAAGAACGAUUAGAACAACAACAAACAAAAUUGUAUAAUGAAAAAUUGGCCGAAAUACAAAAAUUUGCCAAAGACAAAUUAGCCGAACAGCAAAGAUUAGCCAAAGAACAAUUAGACGAACACACAAGAUUAGCCAAAGAAGAAUUGGACAAACAACAAAGAUUAUCCAAAAAACAAUUAGAAGAAGAGCUUAGAUUAGCUGAAAAACGAUUAGAAGAAGAAAAAAGAUUGAUGAUGAAUCAAUUAGCCGAACAAAGAAAAUUAUCCGGACAAACAAAACUAACUAACGAAGAAUUCAAAGAACAACAAAAAAAAAUUGCUCAACAAGAAAAAUUGAUACAAGAUCUAAUGAAUGAAAAAAAAGAACUAGCUGAGCAACAUAAAUUAGAAAAAAAACAACUAGAGGACCAAAAAAGAUUAGCUGAAGAACUUUUAGAAAGAGAACGAAAAUUAUUUGAAAAACAAUUAGCCGAACAAGAAAAAUUGAUGAAUGCAAAAUUAGCCGAACAAGAAAAAUUGAUGAAUGCAAAAUUAGCCGAACAACAAAAAUUGUUCGAUAAAAAAUUGGCGGAACAACAAAAAUUGGCCGAUGAACAAUUAGCCCAACAGCAAAGAUUAGCCAAAGAACAAUUAGACGAACAGCAAAGAUUGGAAAAAGAGCGAUUUGACCAACUAGAAAAAUUGAUGAAUGAAAAAUUGGCCGAUCAACAAAGAAUAUAUGAAGAACAAUUAGAAGAACGAGAUAGAAUAAUGAAAGAACAAUUAACCGAACAAGGACAAUUGUCCGAACAAGGACAAUCAACUAUAAAAGAAUUAGAAGAUAAACAAAAAUUACAUAGAAGAAGAAUAGCCAAACAAAAACAAUUGAUAGAUGAUCUAAUAAAAGAAAAAGAAAAAUUAGCUGAAGAGAAAAAAUCAGUUGAAGAACUUUUAGAAGGACAACGAAAAAUAGCUGAACAACAAUUAGAAGAACAACGAAAAAUAUUUGAAAAACAAUUAGCCGAACAAAAUGAAUUGUUGAAUAAAAAAUUAGCCGAACAAAAUGAAUUGAUGAAUCAAAAAUUAACCGAACAAAAUGAAUUGUUCGAUAAAACAUUAGCCGAACAGCAAAAAAUAAGCAAAGAUGAAUUGGAGGAGCAAAAAAAAUUAACGAAAAUACAAUUAGACGAACAACAGAGAUUAACCAAUGAGCAAUUAGACAAACAAAAAAGAAUACAUGAAAAACAAUUAGACGAACUAGAAAGAUUGAUGAAUGAACGAUUAGCCGCAGAAGGAAAAUUGUCCGAACGAGAACAAUUAGUAAGAGAAGAAUUGAAAAAUCAACAAAAAGAAUUCAAUGAGCAAUUAGCCCAACGAGAAAAAUUGAUGAAUGAAAAAUUGGCUGAACAAAGAAAUUUGUUCGAUAUAGAAUUAGCCGAACAAAAAAAAUUGUCAGAUAAAAAAUUGGCCGAACAAAAAAAAUUAAACGAUGAAAAUUUGGCUGUACAAAAAAAAAUAGCUGAAGAACAAAUAGAAGAACUACGAAGAACAUAUGAAGAACGAUUAGCUAAUCUAGAAAAAUUGAUGAAUGAAAAAUUGGAUGAACAAACCAAAUUGAUGAAUAAAGAAUUGGCCGAACAAAAAGAAUUGUCAGAUAAAAAAUUGGCCGAAGAAAAAAAAUUAGCCGAUGAACAAUUAGACGCACAAAAAAGAUUAGCCGAAACACAAUUGAAAGAAAAACAGAGAUUAUUCAAAGAGCAAUUAGAUCAACAAGAAAAAUUGAUGAAUGAAAAAUUCGCUAAACAAGAAGAAUUGAUGAAUAAAAAAUUGGCCGAACAAAAAAGAAUAAUGGAGGAAGAAAUUGCCGAACUAGAUAGAAUUUGCAUACAAGAUCAAACAACUAUACAAGAAUUAAAUGAUGUACUAAAAUUAAGAAGAGAAAAAAUAGAAAAACAGGAAAAAUUAAUACAAGAACUAACAGAAGAAAUAGAAAAAUUAGCCGAAGAAAAAAAAUUAGCAGAAGUACGAUUAGUCGAACAAGAAAAAUUGAUGAAUGAAAAAUUUGCUGAACAAGAAAAAUUGAUGAAUGUAAAAUUUGCUGAACAAGAAAAAUUGAUGAAUGAUAAAUUGGCAGAACAACAAAAAAUAAUGGAUGAACAAUUAGAAGAACAACGAAGAAUAAUGAAUGAAAAAUUGGAAGAACAAAAAAAAAUAUAUAAAGAAAAUUUAGCCGAACAGCAAAGAAUAUCCAAUCAAGAAUUAAUCGAACAAAAAAGAUUAUCGGAAGAGCAAUUAGCGGAACAACAAAAAAUAAUGGAUAGAAAAUUGGCUGAACAAGCAGAAUUGAUGGAUAAAAAAUUGGCUGAACAAAAAACAUUAAUGGAAAAACAAUUAGAUGAACAAAAAACAUUGUCCGAAAAAGAUAAAUCAACUAUAAAAGAAUUAGAAAACAAAAAAAAAUCAAGAGGAAGAAAAUUAACCACACAAGAAAAAUUAUUAAAAGAACUAAUGGAAGAAAAAGGAAAAUUAGCCGAAGAGAAAAAAUUAGCUGAAGAAAGAAUAGCCGAACUAGAAAAAUUGAUGAAUCAAAAAUUGGCUGAACAAGCAGAAUUGAUGAAUAAAAAAUUAACCGAACGAGAAGAAUUGUUUAAUAAAAAUUUGACCGAACAGCAAAGAAUAGCCAAUGAACAAUUAGAGGAGCAAAAAAGAUUAGAUAAAAUACAAAUGGCCGAACUACAAAGAUUAUCUGACGAAAGAUUAGUUCAACAACGAGAAUUAGCUGAAAAACGAUUAGCCGAACUAGAAAAAUUGAUGAAUAAAAAAUUGGCUGAACAAGCAGAAUCGAUGAAUAAAGAAUUUGCCGAACAACUAAGAGUAGCCGAUGAACGAUUAAAAGAACAACAAAGAAUAGCCGAUGAAAAAUAUGCCCAACUAGAAAAAUUGAUGAAUGAACAAUUAGACGAACAAGGAAAAUUGUCCAAUCAAGAAAAAUUAUCUAAAGGAGAAUUAGAACAACAAUAUAAAUUAAUCAAACAAGAAUUAGAUAAACAAACAAAAAGGGUCAAACAACUAUUAGCAGAAAAAAAAAGAAUAAUCGAACAAAAAAGAGUAACUGAAGAACAAUUAACCGAACAAGUAAAAUUAGCUGAACAACGAUUAGAAGAUCAACGAAGAUUAACCAAACAACAAUUGGCCGAACAAGAAGAAUUGAUGAAUCAAAAAUUGGCUGAACAAGCAGAAUUGAUGAAUAAAAAAUUUGCCGAACAAGAAAAAUUUCUGAAUGAUAUAUUGGCCGAACAACAAAGAAUGUCCAAUGAACAAUUAGAGGAGCAAAAAAAAUCAACCAAAAUACAAUUAGCCAUACAACAAAGAUUAUCUGACGAAAGAUUAGCUCAAGAACGAGAAUCAGCUGAACAACGAUUACAAGAACACGAUAGAUUAGCCCAAAAACGAUUUGAUGAGCUGGAAAAAUUAAUGAAAGAGCAAUUAGCCUUACAAGGAAAAUUAUCCAAUCAAGAAAAAUUAUCUAAAGAAGAAAUAGAAAAACAACAACAAUUUGCACAACAAUUAUUAGCAAAGCAACAAAAAUUAGAAAGAGAACUAUCAGAAGAAAAAGAAAAACUAGCCGAUCUUAAAAGAUCAGAUGAAGAACGAUUUAAAGAACAACAAAGAUUAGCCGAUGAACGAUUUGAACUACAAGAACAAUCGAUGAAUCAACAAUUGGCUGAAAAAGAUAGAUUGAUGAAUAAAGAAUUAGCCGAAAAAGAAAAAGUGAUGAAUGAAAAAUUGGCUGAACUAGAAAAAUUGAUGAAUACAAAAUUAGCCGAAAAACAAAAAAUAGCUGACGAACGAUUAGAAGCACAAAUAAGAUUAGCCAAUGAAAAAUUUGCCGAACAAGAAAGAAUAGCCAACGAAAGAUUUGACAAACAAAAAAAAUUAACCGAUGAACUAUUACAAGAAAAAGAAAGAUUGGAGGAACAACUAAGAAAAACUGAAAAAAAUUUUGACCAACAAAAAAAAUUGAUGAAUGAUGAAUUGGAUGAACAAAAAAAAAUAAUGAAUGCAAAAAUAGCCGAACAACAAAGAUUAAAUAGAGAAGAACUGGAAAAAGAACGACAAAUAAUGAACAGAAAAUUAGAUGAACAAGAAAAAUUGAUGAAAAAAGAAUUAGCCGAAAAACAAAGAAUAAUUAAUGAACAAUUAGCAACAAUAGAUCAAUUUACCGAACAAGAAAAAUCGAUGAAAAAAGAAUUUGCUGAACAACAAAGAUUAGCAAAAGAACAAUUAGAAGAACAACGAAGAAAAGCAAAAGAACAAUUAGACGCACUAGAAAAAUUAAUGAAUGAAAAAUUGGAAGAACAAAGAAAAUCGAUGAAUGAAAAAUUUGAAGAACUAGAAAAAUCGUUGAAUAAAAAAUUGGAAGAACAAGAAAAAUCAGCCAAAUAUGAAAAAUAUGUUCUACAAAAACAAUUAGAUGAACAACAAGAAUUAUUCAAUAAACAAUUAGAGGAACAACAAAGUUUAGCCAAAAAACAAAUAGAAAAUCUACAAAGAUUUUCCAACGCCCAAUUAGAAGAACGUGAUAGACAUGCCAAUGAAAGUUUGGAAGCAGAACAAAGAUAUGGCAGAGAACAAUUAGAACAACAAUUAAAAUUUAUGAAAGAAAAAAUGGCUAUUGAAAAAAGAAAAGCUGAUGAUCGAAUAGCAGAACUUAAAAAAAAAUUUAUUUUCCAAUUACGAAGAAACAAUUCGUUGAAAAGACAAUUAGAAAAUUUUCCAGAAAUGGUCGAAAGAUCAAAAUAUUCGGAAGUAGCAAGAAAAGCAUACGAAGAUGGAAUUAGAUAUCCAUACUAUGAUCUCUUGGAUGAAAGGCAAAAUAUUACAAAUAGAUGGGAUAUUAAAGAGAAAGAUUAUAUAAAUAAAUUGAGUGAUUUGGAAAAAAAUUCAAAAAAAAAUAAAAAUGCAAAAAGUGAGUAUGACGCUCUCAAAUGUGAAUAUAAAGAAAAUCAAAAUGCAAUUGACGAACAAUUAAAGAAAUUAGAUGAAAAAAUAGAAAAAGCAUACGAAGAAAUGGAAAUUGAUAUUGUCAGCAAAGAGACAAGAAUUUGUGAUCAAAUUAUGCAAUUUGGAGGAACCAGAAAUAACACGGAAAAAGCGAUUGUAAAUGAAGUUAAGAAUUCUGGUUUUGCAGAAAAGUUUAAAAAAAUUUUCAGAUCAAAAUGGAAAAAAGUAAAUGAAACCAGCUUAUAUUCAUUAGAAUAUCGUAUUAGACCAAUAUUAACCAAUGAAGAAGAGCACAUUUUAAGUGAAGAGAUCGAUCAAAAUCCGAUAAAAAAAGUAUACAGAAAUUCGGUUCUUAAAACAAUGUUGGAUCUCCAGAGUCAGGCUCAGAGUGAUUUUUCCAAAACGAAAGAGGCAAUACUAUUUAGAGAUGAUUAUGUCAAAUCUUUAAUGGGUGAAUUGUUGCUAGAUGAUAAAGAAACCAUUAAGAGUCGAAUUAAACCAAUCCUGACUGAUCAGGACAGAAAAUAUUUGCAUCAAAUGAUUGAUACCUCAGAAUCAGAAAAUAAACAAUAUCGAGAAUAUAUACUUAACGAAAUUNUAAAUUAG